AUGACAAUAGUAACUAAUACUGCUGAUAUACUUCUUUAUCAUGUAGAAUAUAAUCUAUUGUCUCAAAAUAUUGUUGACAUGAUUGAACGAAUUCUCCAAAAUAGAUCGGAUCAAGAUACAUUAAUUCAAAUAUUACGAAAAUGUGCUUUUAAUCAGUGUAUAUUAACGGAAAAAACUUUGAUUACACUUAGUAAUUUAUUAUUUGAAAGCACUAAAGAAAUGAGAAGAAAUAAUAUUAUUUUAACAUUGGAAUUUGCUGAUAGAAAUCAACAAUUACCAGAAGUUAUUAACAAUUUAUUGAAAUAUGAAUAUUAUGUCAAAAUACUGACGAAUUCUGUAUGUGAAAACGAAGCGAAAGAUGCUGAACAACAGUUAAACAUGGCUACAUUGAAUGGUAAACAAUUAUCAAAAGGUAUCUUAAAUUCACUACAACGAUUACUUUUCGAUUCAAAACGAGUAACAGGUAUAUUACAAAUACUCAUCAAUGUUACUUCAAAUGGACAAAAUCUAAAUAAUAGUAUAAUAAAUAGUCUAUCGGAUUUAAUUUCUAACCAAAUCAAUCAAACUGAUAAAGUUUAUCUAAUUAAAAUUUUUCUUCAAAUAAUUAAAAAUCAUCAAAUAGUUUCUGAUACUUUUCUUCUUCAAUUACAAAAAUUUAUUAAUGAUACUGAAGUCAAUACAGAUGUUAUUCUUAUUUAUACAAAUUUAUUACAAUUAAAUACAAGUCAUAUAAAUAUUGAUGUGAUCAGUCGUAUCUAUCAACUUUUAGAAAAUACAAAUGAAUUAGAUUUGGAAUUAAAACGAAAUCUUUCUAAUUUUGUAAAACUUGCAAUUGAAAGUAAUAUCAUAUCACCAAAUUUAGAACUUUUAACAUCAUUAUUAAAUGAAAAAGAUCAUCUAAUACAAAGCAAUGCUAUUCAAAUGAUUUAUUAUAUGGUGAAAAUAAAAGGAUGUACUCUUACUGAAAAAAUCUAA